UUUCCACGAUGCCCGACGUUUUUACUCGGCAUAGGCUUGCAAUCCAAAAUGGCGGCGAUCGGCUGGUACCGUGGCACGUUUUGCAACGAUAAAGAGUGGUCAAGCCACGAGCAUUCUUGAGGAGGUCCUUCAAAGUGUCCUUGACCAUUAGCCUGACCUUGAUCAGGACGAGUAGCCUAAGCGACAAGCCAAAGGAAUCAAAGGAUGGUAGGGCACACGGAGUGGAAGGUCCUGGUGACCUUGUCGAUUCAAAUUCUAUUAUUAGGCGUCUCGGCCAUCCAAAACGAUCCAACGUCUUCUCGUUCCUCCCAAGAAGACGUGAUUCUGAGCGCCAGCGCGUACACGGGUCCGGAAAGAACAUCGAACGCGUUCCAUCGAGAUAAAUCGCCAACUUUCCAAAGAACUGCUCCUGCGUUUCAACUGGAGAGCUCGAAAAGCGUAAAUGAUUACGACAAAGAGGAGGUGAGAUUCGAGGUACGAAACACCAGGCACGAGGAUGAAUCCAUCGACGAGUUAACAUCCUCGAAGCACGUGGAUCACAUCGAUGGAAACAACAUCGAAGUCAAGCCCGGCGAGUAUUACCAUAUAUCUCCAACAACGAGCGAGUCCAUGUCGGGGGAAGGACAAGGGGCUCCGCAGGAAGCAAAACUCUUGUCGGAGCCCCAUCAACUGGCUGGAGUGUCGAACCAACAGGCACAGUAUUUGCAAGCGAUAGAUCAACAAAGGCGAGCCCGCCAAGAGAUCCCGAGGAUCUAUAGCGAGCACGCCCCGCCGCCCAUUCUCCAGACUGCAUCCCCAGGUCGACAAGCAAAUCCUGACAUACAGGACAUAAUCACGGGUAUUGUCAAAUUGUUGAAUGGAAACGUGAAUGUUGCUGCCAAUACGGUGAGGCCGUUGAGGCCGAUUCAAGCCACUAGGAUCAACAACAGGGGUCCACCGAGGAUCUCCGACGUUCCGCCUUUGCCACCCGAUUUCGACACUCCUGGGAUGAAUCCACCCCCUCCGCCGGAUCAUCCCUAUCCUUUCGAAAAACCACCGGCACCCGACAGACCGUUGAUCAAUCAACUACCACCCGAAAGACCGAUCAGACCUUUCGUGAACGGGGUUCCAUUGCCGGAGCAAAUUGUCCCUCAAGGAAAUCGUCCGUGGACUUGGAAUCGGCCUGGUGGAAACAGACGACCGAUUCCUCCGUACAAACCACUGCCACCGGCAACGGAUUCCGUCCUCAAUCGGGACAAGGAGCAGAGCGACAAGAAUAAACAUAAAAUCGAUCCGAAACCCGAAGCAUCGACGGAGGAAGCUACCACGAAGAAGGAGGAAAAUGAUCAGAGCGAGGCUACCACGCACGAUAAUAUGGAAAAUGUGACCAAAAGGUACGAGGAGAGCAACAGUCAAAAGGUUAAAACCGAUUCGAACACCACGGAAAAACCAACGAGCGAGACCAAGAGUCCCGAAUCCGAACAUCCUGGUAAAAAAGAGAAUAAGCAUCAGGCUCCUUCCAAAGAGAAUGCAUCGACAUCCGUGAUGGAAUCGUCUGGUGACAAGAGCAAGACGAAUUUCACGAAGCAGGAAGACUCUCCGAAAUCUGUAAUUCCGUUGGAAAUCCCUACGAUCAAACCUACGAAAACCUCGAAAAUCGGCAACUCUCAAGGAUCGAGCGCGAGCAACGAAAAGGUUAACAAAGCGAGUAUAUCGAAGACAUCGACGAAAUCUUAUUCCACGUCAACGUUGAGUAUCGAAACCAGUUCGUCGAUCCAGAUAAUCGAAUCGACGACGACGAAAUCGACUAUCGUCCAAUCGACCGUCCCUCAAUCGACGAACGACGAUGACUCGAGCAAUAUUACAUCGCAGAGCACGAUUGCUCUGCAACCGAGCAAAUCGGCCGAGUUGGAAAGCACGAGUAUAGUGUCGAUUCCAACCCCAACGGAGAAUUUACCUUCCCUGUCUUUCACAAAGACAUCGUCGACCGUGGAGAAAAGUAUAGCUCAUACCCCUGCGACCAACGCUUUCUCGAAGAAUUCAGCCUCCACCGAUCGCUAUGCUUACCGACCCCGGCCUGGAAUCGUCCUUGACGAUACGUUGGAUUACACGGGGACUCAAGGGUUGGCUACUCAACGACCUUACGCGCCACCAAGACAUCCACCUCUCGGUGAUAUUUUUGAUGUCACGGUCUCUGCUGUUCAAGGCCCUGGCGGUGGAAGUUCAGAAGGUGUUAGAGUGCCGGUAAAUGGAGGAAAUUCGGACGUGAUCUUGACUUCCGCCGUGGAGGGCCAAGGAUUCGUCAGUAUCGAUGGGAAAAGGACGUAUUUGAAUUUAUUCGAGAAUUCGGAUCGCACUUCAACGCACGUGCAACCGCAGCCUCAACCAACUAGAACGCAACCACCAGCCAUUGUUGGUACAGGGUUCGCGGUUGCACAGCCAGAUCCACCGACGGCGACUCCUCGACCCAGCGGACCUAUUCGAAGGCCAACGUUUCACAGAAGACCGACUCAACCUCCAGUCAGAAUCGACACGUGCAUCGUGGGCGACACGAGCACUUGCGAUAUCAGCCAACACGAGGCUUGUGCCACCGUUCAAGGGGUGUCUGCGUGUCACUGUAAGCCAGGAUAUGCCAGAUUGCAGCAUUCUCUGCCGUGCAAAAAAAUUAUUAGCAUCGUGGUGUCGAUCAGAGUGGAUAAAAUUUACGAUAAAAAAGUCGUGUGGGAUCGAGGAUUCACCGAUCGAGAUUCCGAACCCUAUCAAACGUUGGCCUACGAGGCAAAUCGAGCUAUCGAAUCUGCUAUGUCGAUGACACCAUUUUCAGACGAGUAUAUGGGUUCUUUUAUAAAUGGAGUGUAUCAAGGGGAUGUGAGCCAAGGGCAAGGAGGUGUAUUUGUGAAUGCUACCUUGAAACUCAUUUAUGAGCCAAGAACAAUUAGACCAAGCUUGGCAGGGGAGUUGCAGAGACAUCUGCUCGGUGUUAUUCACAGACGAAGUAAUAAUAUAGGGAAUAGCGCCCUUUACGUGGAUAGCCCCCCUGGAUCUAUUUCGAACUUGCAAGAUUUGGACGAGUGUGCUUCGUCCGAACUGAACGAUUGCCAUUCUUCGGCAGUAUGCACGAAUAAUUGGGGUGGGUUUACUUGCACUUGUAAUCCUGGUUUGAAAGAUCCUCAUAAAGAUGAUGUUAAUGAAUCUGGUAGGACUUGCAUUUCGUGCCCCUCGACUUAUUGUAACAAUCGAGGAUCAUGCUCUUAUCAGGGUGAUCACAUGCAAUGCACGUGCACCGGUAAUUAUUACGGUGCUCAAUGCGAAGUCGAUGGGGAAGUUAUGGGGGUGGCGAUAGGAGCGUCCGUAGCUGCUUUAAUUAUUAUAGUUUUGACGCUAGUAUGUCUGGUAAUGUGGAGUCGAAGAUGGUCGCGUGAACAAAAAACGAUUGGUUCCCCGGUAUAUGGAUACAUUCAGGGUGGUAUACCUGGCACGCUCCCAGGAACUUUGGCAAGGGUAGGUUCUGUAGGUACUCUUGCCUCUGUGAAACAAGGACCACCGACCAAUUUGCCACCCUACAUGUGGGCACAUUUCGGUGAUCACAUGGCAACUGCUAAUGUAUACGCUACGGAACCUAUGGGUCCAACACGGCCAAGUUCCGCUGUGUUCGGGUAUCCACCCAUCAAUAUUCACGGAACACUGCCACCACCAGUGCCACUGCCGAGGCUUCAAGCUCCGACAAGACCACGACAAAGACACCAACCAGAUCCGGACAGCUCGGAUUCUGAACCGCAGGACAAGGACAGGGCUGAUCUGAUCCCCCAGAAUAGUGGUUUUCAUGUUCCUAGACCAAAGUCUAGAUCAUCCCUGGCAAAUCAAAGCGGAAUAUACAAUGACGUGGAAUACGACCAAGGUGAUGUUCACCAUUUAUCGAAAAACAAUAUUCCGAUGUCUACUUACAGGCCGUACUAUCGAACGUGA